CCAAAAAUACAACAAAAAAGAAAAAAGAAUAAAAAAAACUGAAAAAUAGUGUUCGCUUUGGCUUCGUGAAAGUUUCCGCAGUGCGUGCAACGGUCAAAACAACAAUUACAAUUACCACAAAACAAACAAAACCAAACAACAGAAAAAUAAUGGCCAACACGAACGUGAAAAUCGUUGAGGCGAAACUCGAUCUGUUCCAAGCACCACAGAGCUAUGCUUUGGCGCACGCCGUGGAGUCAUCCUUCAGUGCCAUCCGCGGCACACUCGCCUGGCAGUUCGGCCUAAUCUUUGGCGAUGUCGAUGAGCUGCGCACCCGCCGCGUGACCAGCGGCAAUUGUGUCGUCCUGGAGCACAAUUCCCGAUUCGUUUACCAUCUGGUGACCAAGUCAAAUCUGUAUGCGACCUCAACAUACGAUGAUGUUCAGGCGGCGUUGAUUUGCAUGCGGGAGCAUAUGCGCAAUCAUGAAAUCACCAAAGUGGCGAUGCCCCGAAUCUGUUGUGGCAACGAUGGCCUCGAUUGGAAGCAAGUGAAGCGCAUUCUACAGCAGAUCUUUGCCCAUGGCGAAUACCCCAUCGAGAUACUAGUUUGUGAGCAUGACGACAUAAGCAGCGAGUUGGCUGCGCCCAAGUGUCAAAUUACCGAGGCGAAGGGCAAUCUGUUUAGCGCACCGGAAAACUUUGCACUGGUGCAUUCGGUUAGUGCUGACUUUGCCAUGUGUGCCGGUAUCAAUUUGCAGUUUCGUUGCAAAUUUGGACAUGUGGAUGAUCUGAAGAAGCAGCAGCGGCACACUGGCAAUGUGGCUGUGCUGGAGCAGGGCGGUCGCUACAUCUACAAUCUGGUGACCAAGGAGCGGGCACACGAGAAAUGCACCUAUACAGCUCUCUAUUACGCUCUGCUAGCCAUGCGAGAACAUAUGCGUGAACACAAUGUGAGCAAAUUGGCGAUUCCACGCCUGGGCUGUGGCAUCGAUCGUUUGGAUUGGUACCGAGUGCGCAGUCUGCUGGAUCUGGUCUUCGUCAGCGAUAGCGUUGAUAUCAUUGCCUUCUUCUACGAACCGCCCUGCAUGGAGCAGGAUACCAUAAAGGUCAUGUGCCCCACCUGUCAUCACAUGAAGCUCAUGCAUUUGCCGCGCAGCGUCAGCUCAUCGCGACAAUCGCUUCACAGAGAGAAGACCCCAUUCUAAGUGUGGGAAGGGGGAAGCAGUAUCGAAUUUUUGUAUAUAUUAAUAUAUAUAUAUAUUUAUAUAAUUUACUUAUGCUAAUUUAUGACACUCAAACUGGUUUGCAUGGUUUUAUUUGUAUUCGAACAAAGCACAAAAUGCACCGUUAAAAAUAUAGUUUAUAGGCGUUGGGUUAGAGAGCACCAGACAAAUACAUAAAUAUAUAUGUAUUUAUUUAUGGUUAUUUAUAUUAUACAUUGUUAUACAAAAUCAAAUAAAAAGACACCGGCAAAUGCCUGAAAUGAAUCGAAAA